CAGUCUGAUCAGACGUUCCGGGGAGAUACUAUAUAUACAUAUAAGAUAUAAAAGGAAUAACCUCUUAUCAACAAAUAACACACAAUGGCCUACAAAUGGGUACAAUCCUCGGCCUAUUCCUCUCUACCCGAGGAGGCAGUGGUGGGCGGCAACGAUGAGGACGGCGCCAUGAUUUAUGUGGGCAGGGCGGAGCACGAGGGCGAUAUGUUGGUCUGCAAGGUGGUGCCCAGCAAGCAAUUGGGAUUCAUUUCCCAGCGUGGAGAAGCCCUACCCAAGGAUAUCUUCGAAGUGCUGUGCGGUCAGAAUCUGGUGUGGAUUAAGUGCUAUGAUCAUGUCAUCCCCGAGAAUGCAGUACUCUGUGGACGGACUUCGUUGGAUCAACCAGUGUAUAUAGGAAGAGGUCAUUACGAAGGACACCUCAUCAUCGGCAAGAUCUCCUCGGUACAUAGAGCCCUGUUUAUCGCUUUUCGAGGAGCCGAACGUCGCCUUGAUUCCUAUGAGAUUCUCGUGGAGGAACGUCGUGUGGUUCCCGGAUGGCAAAUGCCACCACCACCUCCACCACUAGAACUGGCGGAGAAGUGCCCGCUUACACCGCCGCCACCACCUUCCCCGCCAGCAAUUGCUCCUCCACUGGCUGCCAAGCCAUAUCCGUAUCCAGAUCUGGCCGCCAUGCCAUUUCCCAUCUCUGACAGGCCUCCGGCUUACACGCCCACUCCAGAUCCACUUCCUCCUCCACCAGUUGGUGGUGUGAUGGUGAUGCCACGUCCUACGCCUACACCACCUGCUGGUGGAGUUCUGGUCAUGCCGCCUCCAACUCCAUCAUUCACCCCCGCCGAGGUUUCCGUGGCGCCACCUCCCACACUCGUUGCCGCCGAGGUCACUGCAGAAUGCGUCCCCGCCGGGCCAUCGUUUACACCCGCUUCCACCUAUAGCCCCUAUGAAGCAGGUUACUCCUGCUACACUCCGGCUGAAUGUGCAGGACCACCGGUCUAUGAUGCCUAUGGCUAUGAGGACAGCUAUGACGUUUGGGUAUCCGCCCGACCGGGUUAUUUUUUUUCCCCUGAUGCCGUAGUUGGAGGUCACGACAGCGACAUGUCCCAGCUGUUGGUCUGCAGAGCCUAUUACCGGGGUGUCUAUGUUCCGGGAAAAGCCAGUCCCAGCCGGGGUUGUGCCUAUGUAGCCCAUGGAGGUCGUGAGAUUGUCGAGCCCUCCUAUGAAAUGUUAGUGGGAAAGGGCAAGUACCAUUGGGUGCCUUCAUAUGGCGGUAAUGUCCCACCCGGUGCAGUUAUUGCCGGAAGGACACCCAGCGGUGAACCACUUUACAUUGGCCGGGGUCAUUAUUACGGAAGUCUGACUCCGGGAGUGAUUGAAACCUAUAAUCGCUGUCUGCAGAUUCCAUUUGGAGGACAAGAGAUCCGGUUGAGCAGCUACGAAGUUCUGGUUAGAAGUGAUAUCUUCCAUAGACAGCAGGCUAUCCGAUUGGUAUAUUGAUGGGUGUUCUCUAUAUAAUCUUGUUGAAACUGAACAAUCCGAAGGCUAAGCUAAACUGAACUAAACCAUCCAAAGAAAAGUUGAAAACUUUAUAAAAUAUUAUCUUUACAUAUCACUUUUAGAUGCUAUGAUUGCUAAAUCAUCAAAUUAUAUAUCCUAUAUUGUAUAAUAUUUAAACCUCUUCCAAGCUCAGCUACCUCUGAAACACCAAAAGACACAUCCGAAAUGUAUAAACUAUUUAAUUAUUAAAUAAACCUAUUUAUUAAC